AUGGCCUUCCAGCAGUCCGCCGCCCCUCGACCCAUUGUCGUCAAUCAUGCUCAAUCACCAGAAUCAUCAUCAUAUCAUUCCCAGGCACGAGCCACAGUCGAGGACUCACAAGAAUGGAUCCUCUUCACUCCGUCCGUUGCCGACUCAACCAUCACCCGAACCCAUACCACCCAGACAGCUGGUCUGUCCAGGGCAAGCGAUGUGUCAUUGAAUACAGCAGGAAGGUCGGGCAGACUUGAGGCUUCAGUAUUUGAAGAGGAUGUCACAGAAGAUGGUGAGCUCGAUAGCCUGGACGAUGGGCUACAUGCGUUCCGGGAACCACCACUAUACCCCACUAUCUCCCAACAGACUCAAGGCGCAGUCCUACCGACCCAUGAUGGACUGGGAACUUUUCCAGCCUCUAGCCCCCCGGUCCUAGAACAGCUAUGGCAACAUGAAGCAUUCAACUCGAAACGAAAGCAUGAUGGCCAUCAUCGCCGGCCAUCAAGUGUACAAAGAAGACUCGACACUAUCGACGAGAUCGAACAACAAGCCAGUGAAGAGAAACGCAUGCGAAUUGAGAGAUGGCGCAUGGAGCAAAGUCAGGCUCUGAUGGAAGAGGUAGAGCGAGAAACCCGUCGACGAUUACGACGGGGAUCUCGGCACUCCACUUAUCAAGACAGUCAUGCCUCGAUUCACGAUGAUAUCCUUGGGUCAACGCCUAGGCAAAGUGAUUAUCUGUCGAAACCUGAGGAUGAAAGCGAAGAAUCCGAACCUUUCUGGAGGCGCAUCACGAGAAAGUUCAUCCGGGAUGUGAUCGGUAUCGAUGAGCCACUGCUAUCUGUCAUCUUCGGAGAAUCUCUCCCGGAAGAUGUUGAGAAUGUACCAUCAUCCAGCGGAAUUCUGCCUACCAUUCCCGAGCAAAUACCAGAUGUCCUCAGCGCCGAGGAUUACACUUGGAGAGACAAGCUACUACAACGAAUUGCUCGAGAGCUGGGUGUGUUCGUGCACCAAAUCUCCCCACAGCCGGGACCCCUUACCACCUAUUCUCGCAGUCCUGACUAUGCUGGCAUGCCUGUAACUGUACCCCAAUCAAAACCUCGAGGAGCCGCAAGCCGUCGCCCAGAACCUCAAAUCAAGGACACAAUGACAUCGGUCUUGACUCCCAACUUCCCACCGACUGUUCAGGAUCCUGCUCAUGCUGAGAUCUGGGGAUUCGAAGAGGAACCGGCAUCCAACUCUUCUCCACCUGACUCAACAACCAAUUUACAACGAGAGCGAGAGUAUUGGGAACGCGAGCUUGAUUUGAAGAUGGUGUUCAGGUAUCUACGAGACAAGUUUGCCACGCGACCAACUACCCAGUCACCACUACCAUCUCAACAAAGGGUGGAUGAUGCGGCUACCAGAACCGCCAUCAUUCGUCAGCACCACCCACUUGUUGCUAGGGCACAACGGUCUCCUGUCCGCUUACGGCGAGAGUCACGAACCAGUGUGAGACGACCGACUAGCAGCUGUGCAAGUGAAAGUGUUCGAAGUAGUCGAAGAGCGUCGCUGGUGAAAAGUGGCUCGAGCCGUAAUUAUUGGGAUAUUGGUGGAAGUGUCGGCAGUGGGAGUAUCUGGGCCAGUGGCGGCGGUUGGGGUGAGGUGUAA